CCACGCAUGAUAUUCUGCAUUUAAAUCUGUAAAAAUUUACAAUUGUCUGCACAAGAAAACUCUACCACAUUAAUCAUAAUCUACAAUGAGAGUACACUUAUAGAUAUAUUUUGUCGAUUACUCGGUUGCCUAAUGUGUACGGUCACAUCGGUGUCCCCCGAAGUCUGCACCCGCUUCUAUGCAACAUGGUGCGUAGUCUGGGGAUCCUUGUUUGUCCUCGCCGAUCUGGUGGAUGAUAAACCAGAUGGGGGAAGUGUUCCGUUCCAAAGGACACUCAGAGCGGUUAUUGCUGGUUUCGGAUUUUCCUAUCUCUUGGCGGGAAUUCUAAUGACGCUUGGAAUAAGAUACGUAUGUCAUUUCACGGGAUUCUGGCAUGCAUAGUAUAUAGAAUAAGCCGAUUGUGUUUAAAUGUGGCAAGUUAUUGUGCCUAAUAUUUGCAAUUGGUUCACUCCCGACCAUAAUAUUUCCUGCUAAGAACGAG